AUGUUCGUCUUCAAACAUGGCUGCAGAAAUGCAUCUCGAACCGUCGCGAGACGAUUUGAUCGAAGAUGUGCAUCCCGCAUCGCAAUCCCGAUGGAAACCCCUCCGUUCCCCGUAGUUGAACACUGUCCAAGCCCGACAUGUCAGUGUCGAGAGACGCCGCAAGGCCUGGAUAUUGAGCGCGAGACGAAUCUGAAUGGCUCGAUUGCGUCUUAUGCCGAGCAGGUGCUCAUCAGCACGGGACGAAUGGAUUGGAAAAGUCGGAUUGAGGAGGAAGAGGAAGGCGUGCUGGUGCGGCAGUUGAAGGCUUAUCUGGGGCGAGGUGGGAAGUACAGCGACCCAUUCCACAAUGUUAUGCUCACCAACUCGUCGUUCCAUCCUACACAACCACUGGCACAUCAGACAGAGGCUACUGGAACGCCCAUCCCGACGGGCAAAGCAUCGCCCUUUUCCAGCAUUAGCAACAACCAAUCGGCGUCAAGUCAUGAAACGCCCACCGCCUCAGCCUUCCUCUUGCCCUCAUUCCAGUACAUCCCGGCCAUUCCAACCGACCCCGCGAGCAUCGAAGCUUUCAUUCAAGCCUUCAUCUUACCAUCUCAACUCCAUCAAUCGCACGACAGCCUGACAAGAGAGCAGAAGAAUGUUCUGCGCCGCCAGCCCGAACGCCAAAAAAGCUUCGUAGGCGCAAGGAAGGCCGACGAAAUUCUAGUUCUAAUCUGCGGCCACGGAGGUCGAGAUAGUCGAUGCGGCACCCUUGGUCCUCUACUAAAAGCCGAAUUCGAGGACAAACUACGGCGACAGAAUAUCCCCUUGCUGGACGAGCCUCCUGUUGCCGAAGCUGUGGAGGUUGAGACGGAGGUAGAGGGCUAUACGCCCACCGCUCGCGUGGGAUUGAUCUCGCAUAUCGGGGGGCAUAAGUGGGCGGGAAAUGUCAUUGUAUACAUCCCGCCUUCCUUCAAAGCGAACGCUCUGGCCGGAAAGGGGAUUUGGUAUUCACGGGUCGGACCCGAGCAUGUUGAAGGCAUUGUAGAGAAGACGGUGGUGGAGGGGAAAGUGAUCAAGGAAUUGUUUAGAGGCGGAAUCGACCAGGAGCGGACGAUGUUGCGAGUGUAG